AUGUUUCUCACGGAGAAGGCCGCAACCCGUCUCACGCUCCUCCUCUUCCCUUCCAAGAACUCUCUCCCAUCCCCCUUCCCCUCCCUCCCGUUCGACCAAGCCCUCAUCGCUCGCCUCCAUUCUCUCCUCCCCAUUCCCAAUUUCUCGUCUUCAAUUCCUCUUUCUUGGCUCUGCCGGGCGGUGGAUUUCUUAGCUCUCACCCUCUCCGACGCGGCCGCCCUCAUUUCUGACCCCUCCCUCUCCGGCUCCGACCGUGCCGCCCUCGCCGCCCACCUCGACUCCGGCAUCGCCCUCCUCGACGCCUGCAACGCCGUCGCCGCCCACAUCGACCGCCUCCUGCGUCGCCGCCUCCUCCUCCGCUUCGCCCUGCACCUCCUCUCCUCCCCGGACUCCCUCCGCCGCGCCCGCGAUGUCAUCGCCGAGUGGGACCGGGAUCGCCGGCCCCCGCGAGCGAUCCACGACUCAGCCGGCAUGCUGGUGAGAUCUCUCGCCCCCGGCGAUCCCCCCCGCGGCAAGAUCUCCGCCGUCCACAGGGCGAUCUACGCCGUGGAAGCCGUCUCCAGCUUGGUCGCCGGGGCGGUCAUCGCCGUACUAGGAGGCGGCGAGAAGGAGGAUCUCUCCGGGAUCAGCGUCUCCGGCGACUUCCCGUGGGCGGAGGCCUUCAACAAGGUGGCGGAGGCGGUUUCCAGCGAGCUGGGCGAGGGCCUCCCCGGGGAAGUGGAGGCGGCGGAGGCUUCCGUUAGGAGGCUGGCGGCCGUCAUCGAUGGGGAGGAUACCGGCGACAAAACGGAAACGUUACGGAGCGCCGUGAAGGAUGCGGAGAAGGCGGCGGAAGAAAUGAAGGAUGGAUUGGACCGUUUGUCAAACGCCGUUAACGGGUUGUUUUGCGCGGCGUUGCGCACGAGGGACGCGGCGUUGCAGAGCUUUCGUAUUGGUCUGCAAAAUUGUAGAUAG